GGGGGUAGUUUCUAUUACCAUAAACACACUACAUGAUAUCAACUAAACCAACUAAUUACUUAACUCAAAGGAGAAGAACGUGACCUCUGACGUAAGCAUCGUCUGUGGAGAUAAGUUCCUGAAUGGCCUCGGCCUGUCGUCUUUCUCCUGUCAGACGCCGCUUGCUUCCACGUUUGGCCCCAAAGUCAUGGCUUUCCACCAAAGCCUCCGUCCUGGGAGACAGGAACAUCCUGCUCAUGGGCCCCCCCGGAGCGGGGAAGACCACAGUUGGGAGGAUCGUGGCUCACAAACUGGGACUGCCGGCUGUCGACGUGGAUGAUGACGUCUUGGAGGUGGCGUGGAAGAGGCCGGUGGCUGCCGUGCUGGCGUCGCUCGGCGGGCGGCGGUUCCUGGAGGCGGAGGGCGGAGCCUUGUGCCAGUUCUCAGCCUCCGGCUGUGUGGUUUCCCUGACGGGGUCCAACCCUCUCCACGCCGAGGCCAUGCGGCACGUCCGACAGAGCGGGCUGGUCGUCUACCUGGACGUGGACGUUGAGGACAUCCUGCAGAGACUUGGCAGGAUGAAGGUGAACAGGAUCGUUGGCCAGGAAGCCGGAGUUCCCAUGAGAGACAUCCUGCUCUACAGGAAGCAGUUUUAUGAGAAAUGGCUGGACGUUCGGGUGCUGUGUGGAAGGGGAGACACGGAGGAGGAGGUGGCGGAGAAGGUGGUCAGGGCUGUGCAGAGAUACCAGAGCCGAGAUGAGGAAACGUACGUGUCAACCAGGCGCAGCGGCGAGGAACGCUCUAAGGACAAGGCGUACUUCAGUGACGUGGCGGUGGAGGGUCUGGCCGCGGACGGAGGUCUGUACGUUCCCAGGAACGGCUUUCCCCAGGUGGAUGCAGGUGAAUGGAAGAGGCUGGUUUCCAUGUCUUAUCCGGAGCGGGCGCUGCUCCUGCUGGAGAAGUGCAUCCACCCUCUGGAUGUGAGCGCCGCAGAUUUAAGGAGCAUGGUGUUCAAGGCGUAUGGCUCCAACUUCUCCAGCGAGCAGGUGGCACCGGUGAAGCAUCUCAUGGAGCAUCAGUUUGUUCUGGAGCUCUUUCACGGCCCGACCGGCUCCUUCAAGGACCUGGCCCUGCAGCUGAUGCCGCAGCUCUUCGCGCACUGCCUCCCGCUCAUGUGCAACUACCUGGUUGUGGUCGCCACGUCCGGAGACACGGGCAGCGCCGUGCUCAGCGGCUUCAGCAGGCUGAGCGGCGUGGACGCUCAGCGCACGGGCGUGCUGGUGUUUUUCCCAGAGGAGGGGGUGAGUGAGAUCCAGAAGCUGCAGAUGUUGGGCUUCGGGGAGGGAAACGGCAGGGCCGUCGGCGUUCUGUCAGACUUUGAUUUCUGUCAGAAGAGCAUCAAGAGGAUGUUUGGGGAGUCGGGGCUCGUCGGGCAUCUCGCUGUGGAGUAUGGAACCGUCCUCAGUACCGCCAACUCCAUCAACUGGGCGCGGCUGCUGCCUCAGGUGGUCUAUCACUCCUCCUGUUACCUGGAUCUGUGCCGAGACGGCGUGAUCCGGUUUGGCGAGCCCGUCGACGUCUGCAUCCCUACUGGAAACUUCGGCAACGCCAUGUCAGCCGUUUACGCCAAGCAGAUGGGCGUCCCGAUCAGGAAGGUCAUCUGCGCCUCCAACCACAACCGCGUCAUCACGGAUUUGAUCAACACAGGCGAGUACGACCUGCGGCGGCGCCGCCUGCUGCCCUCCCACUCCCCGGCCAUCGACAUCCUCAAGUCGUCCAACGUGGAGCGGUUCAUCUUCCACGCGUCGGAUGGGGACGGCGGCCUGGUGGAGGACCUCUUCACCCGCUUGGACACGCAGAAGCACUUCCGGGUCGCCGCCCCUCUGCUCGGCAGGAUGCGGCAGGAGGUGCAGGCCGGCUGCUGCUCAGAGGACGAGUGUCUGUCCGCCGUCCGCCGCGUCCACGCUCGCACGGGCUACCUCAUGGACACCCACACCGGCGUGGCCAAGGCGGUGGCCGACCGGCUGCAGGACGGCUCGUGCCCCGUGGUGCUGUGCUCCACCGCCCACUACGGCAAGUUCGCCCCCGCCGUCUUCAAAGCCUUAGGAAUCCAGAACCCCCCCGAGGAUCCCGUGGAACAGCUGAGGCAGCUGGAAAGGACCGCCCCCAGGCCGGGGGGGCACCGGGACAUGCUGAGAGGCCUGCGGGGGGGCAGCGGGGCGCACUCCGUCUGCCAGGCAGACUACAGAGAGUUGGAGGAAAAGGUGGAGAGCUUCAUCUGUGAGACCUUCCUGAAGGUCUGAGAGCUUCUGUAGCUGCUUCUAAGUAAUAAUAAUAACCAUUCAUCUGAUUUAAAAGCGCCUUUUUAAGGAACACAAGGACAAAACAAAGCAUAAUAAUUAGAAAUGGACAGAAAUUUAAAAGUGCAGUGAAGGGAGAAGGCAGAAUUCAACAAAAAUAGAUUUAUGAAAAUAUUUUAAACAGUGCAAUUGUUGUCAUGUUAUUUUUUAGGCUGCGUUUCAAGAUUCAUUUCAGGAGAGAUGCACAGCUGAGACCAGAUGUUGUUCCUCACCAGUGUGACAACUCAAAGAAAGAAAGCAAUAAAAUAGAAUUAAAGCACAAUAAAAUAGCAGUCAAUGAGAAUAAAAUAGAGACCACCAUUCAGUAUUAAAAUGCACCUUUACUGUGAAAAUUAGGGAAAAAAGGGAAACUUUCACGCGACCAUGCCAAAGAAAAGUCUGUAGGCGAGCAAGAAGGCGCGUUUGAGGUUUCCGCCUUCAAACUCCUGCCUUGAAGCGUUGCCACGCACGUUUCUAUGAGCGUCUUUGAGCUCUACGUACAAAACGUGUGGCCACUGAACGCGCUGAAAGUAAAACCGAGUGGAACUGUGGCGUUCCACCCGUUUGAGCCUUUGUCACGAAGGAGAAAUGAAUCGGUUUGUGUUCGGAUGGAAUUCUAUGACAUACGUCUUUCUGAUAUCGGAACAGAGCUGUGAAAGAAAAAAGCCUGGAGCGAAGAUUCACCAGAUUUGCGCCGACAUUUCGCACCAACCCUCCUCCAGCUGUAGGUGGCGAACAUGCGCUUGUACACGGUAAAAAAAGGCAUGGAGGAAGAAGCCCCUCCCUGCUUGUCCAGUGUGAACAUUCAAAGGGGCGGAGCCGUUCCUUUGAGACUUCCUCACAUGCUGAGGUCAUCAGUUUUGGUGACACUGGGAUUGAGCAGCUUCUGUUUUGUCUACACGUCCUUUGCGACAGCGGCCGUCCAGCCGGGCUUGAUAAGGUCGAUAGCCAAUAUUGGUAAAGCGGCGAGCGCUGUUGGAGCCCCAGAAUCCACGGAUUGGUGAGGUUUUUUGCCGCCGUUUGGACUUUUUCUCUCUCCUGAGCUCCCUGUGAACAUUACAGCUGCCCGGCGUGAACUGAGCUUCAAGCUGUGAUUUAAUUAUAAGUCUUAAAAAUCUGUGUCGCCUUCUAGGACAUAGUUUCACCUCCAAGUUAUGAGAGCAACCCCACCUCCUCUUCCCCUCCCCGUUGCUAAGAGCUCGGACCAGGGAGCUUGAUGCCUAUUCAGCUUUUUCUUAUGUCUGCUCCUGAUUUACAACAAUUUAUAUAAAGAAAUACUCAGACAUGCAAUUUUAAGAUGACAAUUUCUUUAUAUCAUCAGAAAAAUGCUACAAAACACCAAUAUCACUGAAGAAAUCUUUAAUUUCAGGAUUUUUAUUUGUUUGAAGCCUUCUUUUUGGCUUUGUUUAUAUAAAUGGAUGCAAUAGAAAUGUCCACAUAAAGUUUAUAUUCUCAUAUUUCUCCACCGUGUUCUUUCAAUCAUUAAAUCCACUCAGACAAAUGUUGACUCGCCGUCCUGUUUUAUCGUUGUGCCGUAAAAAUAGAUGCCGCUAAAGUAAUAAGUGACUCUCUUAUCUGGUCCUGAUAAGGUUUUUUUAUCGUUAGAUCAAAGACUAUAAUGUUUGAAAUGACUGAAACAUUAAGUAGUGGUGCAUUAAGAAUUCUGAAACACAGAAUAAAUCACAAUUUCCCAUCGUUUUCUUUUACAUCCUAAUGUUUCUCCUUUAAAUAUGUUUGUGUUGAAUGAGCUGUAGGUUUUUACAAAUGGCCUCAACCACUCCAUGCUGUUAAAGGUGAGCCUUUAUGCUCACAAUGUGACUGUCAUCACAAUGAAGAGCUUUAACUUCACAGUUUUCAAUCCCAAAGUUGCUCACAUCCAACAUGACUGUUGUGUUCUUUUGUUGAUCAGACUUUAAAUAAAGCUCCUGCAGCUGCAGUCUUAAACUUUA